GAUCGAAUAACUUUCGGUUGAAAUUGAAAUCGUGUAAUGUCUCUUUGAACCAAACAAGCCGAAAACAAACCAGAAUAUUUACUUCUACAUCUUCAAUAAAAUAACAGACCGUAUAUGUUGUAUAUCGCCCGGAUCACAUAAUAAGAUAAGCUCUGGCAGAUCCAGACAAGAGGGUAAAUGGGUAAUUGAAGGAGUUUUUCGGACUGACACUUUCCGACAUUAAUGGCGGAAAGAGAGAGAGAACUUUUAGUGAUUUUAAUUAUGAAAUUAAUAAUGUUAAAAAGGACGAGAGAUGACGAUGCCAACUCUGAGCAGGCGAGCGGGAUUAGAUUUUUCCUUCUCCCCAGCGGCCUCUCUCGGCGUUUCCCAUCGUGCUGGGUGGUCCGGAUUGCGAUCACGGUAGCUACAUACUGAAUUAGGGGUCCAUCGAAUCGCGCUGCUGCUGGGGAAGAAGAGGGUUUAGAAGAAGAGGAAGAAAAUGGGGGUUAUGUCCAGACGGGUUUUGCCCGCCUGUGGUAACCUCUGUUUCUUCUGUCCUUCCUUGAGGGCAAGGUCAAGGCAUCCCGUUAAACGCUACAAGAAAAUGCUCGCUGAGAUUUUCCCUCGCAAUCAGGAUGCUGAGCCAAAUGAUAGAAAAAUUGGCAAGCUUUGUGAGUAUGCGUCAAGGAAUCCUUUACGAAUCCCAAAGAUUACAGAGUAUCUUGAGCAAAAAUGUUACAAAGAACUGCGGAAUGGAAAUAUUGGAUCUGUUAAAGUCGUCUUAUGCAUUUACAAGAGAUUGCUUUCAUCAUGUAAGGAGCAGAUGCCUCUAUUUUCGUGUAGUUUGCUAAGCAUUGUCCGAACUCUUUUGGAGCAAACAAGAGAGGAAGAAGUACAGAUCUUGGGUUGCAAUACCCUUGUUGACUUUAUAAGCUUACAGACUGAGAAUUCGCACAUGUUCAACUUAGAAGGUCUAAUCCCUAAACUUUGUCAACUUGCUCAAGAAAUGGGGGAUGAUGAAAGAUCACUCCAAUUACGCUCAGCAGGAAUGCAGGCUUUGGCAUUUAUGGCAUGGAUGAAGUUCACAUUGCUAACGAUUUACACUGAAAAUGGUGCUAGUUCUUCUUUAGCUUGUCUUGGGUUUAUGGUCGAUCGGUUUAGGAACUUUUUGCUACUAACCAAUACUUAUUGCCAGGUAUCUUUCAUUGGUGAGCAUUCCCAACUAUCAAUGGACUUGGAUAUGAUUAUUUCUGUGAUUCUGGAGAAUUAUAUGGACUUGGAGAAGGGCGAAGAAUAUGCCAAUGAAGUUGGUCAAAAUUCAGAAUCGAAGAUUCCUAACAUGAGUAAAAAGGUUUCUUUCAAACCUAACCCUGUGACUGACUAUAAGUUGGAAAACAUGGAUAUUUCAAAGAGCCCCCCAUACUGGUCUAUGGUUUGCCUUUGCAAUAUAGCCAAAUUAGCAAAGGAAUCUACAACUGUUCGUCGGGUUCUGGAGCCGCUUUUAAAUGCUUUUGACAGUGGAAAUUACUGGUCUCCACAGAAGGGCGUUGCCUCUUCUGUUUUAUUGUUUCUGCAGUCUCGUCUGGAAGAAUCAGGAGAAAAUUGUCAUGUGUUGGUAUCUUCUCUGGUCAAGCACUUGGAUCAUAAGAAUGUAAUGAAGCAUCAAGAUCUUCAAGUUAACAUGGUUAAUGUAGCGACAUGCCUUGUGCUACAUGCUAAGCAGCAGGCUUCAGGCGCGAUGACUGCUGUGAUAGCCGACUUGAUUAAGCACUUGCGGAAAUGUCUGCAAAAUGCAGCUGAAUCAGAUCUGUCUGCCGAUGAAACGAAGCAGAACUCUGAGCUCCAGCAUGCAUUAGAAAAUUGCAUCGCAGAGCUCUCAAAUAAGGUUGGGGAUGCAGGCCCCAUAUUGGAUAUGUUGGCAGUGGUUCUUGAGACGAUAUCCACCAAUGUACUUGUUGCUAGGACCACAGCAUCAGCCACUCUACGUGCUGCACAUAUAGUAUCAGUGGUCCCGAAUGUUUCUUACCACAAGAAAGUAUUUCCGGAUGCCUUAUUUCACCAACUGCUGCUUGCAAUGUCCCACACAGAUUGUGAGACUAGAGUCGAUGCUCACAACAUUUUCUCCAUCCUGCUUCUCCGAACUCUUCGUUUACCUUGGUCAGACCAACAGAAGGAAACCUCAGAAGGUGUUUCUGGGAUAUUGUCAGUUGAUGGAACUUGUACAGUAAGGAGCCAGAGUAUCAGUUUACAGGAGGACGAGAGAGAUAAAGUCGAUGAAUCCUUAAAUAGUGAACUGUCUAAAGAUGUAAACCACAUAUCUCAUCCAGGUGUAUCACGACAUACGAGUCUUAGUUGUCAGUCCUUGGAUAGCCUUAAGGAUGUAGUUGAUGGUAUAAAGUCGCUGUGUUCACUCCGACUGAGUAGUCACCAAGUGAAUAUGCUCCUUUCAUCCCUAUGGAUCCAAGCAACUUCUACCGAGAAUACCCCUGCAAAUUUUGAGGCUAUGGCCAGCACGUAUAAUAUCACUGUUUUGUUUUCACUAGCAAAGAGGUCAAAUCACAUGGCUCUAGUGCGGUGUUUUCAGCUGGCAUUCUCUCUUCGGAAUCUCUCAUUGAUUCAAGAUGGUCUGCAGCUCUCUCGUAGAAGAUCGAUCUUCACUUUUGCAUCAUAUUUGCUCAUUUUCGGUGCCAAGAUUUCCGAUAUUCCGGAGCUAAUUCCAAUGGUCAAAGAAUCCUUAACUGCCCGAAUGGUUGAUCCUUACCUUGUACUGGAAGGAGAUAUCAGACUGCGUGCUGCAUGUUCUGGGUUUCCACAAGAAGAAGUGGUAGCGUAUGGAUCUGAGAAAGAUGAUAGUGCUGCUCUCAAUUCUUCAGUGAUUGUCGCAAACGAUAGUCUCCUGAAGGAAAUCGUUAUCAUUCAUUUUACAUCGAAAUUUCAGACCUUAUCCGAGGAGGAGCAAUCAAAUUUGAGAAAGGAAAUUCAGUCAGAUUUUUCCCGAGAUGAUGCACAUCCUCUUGGUGCACCAUUGUUCGUGGAUACACCAGGACCUAGUUCUCCUCUUAAUCAAAUAGAACUUCCAGCUUUUGAAGAGGUUGAGCUUUCAGCAAUAGUGGCGUUCGAAGGAAUUUCCCCGGGGGCUAGUGGGAGUCAGUCUGGCCACAGAACAUCAUUGUCCACAAACACUAACCCAGUUGAUGUUCUGAGUGUCAAUGAGUUGUUAGAAUCGGUAUCAGAAACUGCUCGGCAAGUUGCAAGUCUCCCUGUUUCCUCCACUCCUGUACCUUACGACCAAAUGAUGAAUCAGUGCGAAGCUCUUGUGACGGGUAAGCAGCAAAAGAUGUCCGUGCUUCGAAGUUUCAAACCCCAAGCAACCAAAGCUGUAACUUUCUCAGAAGAGGAUGAAAAAGAGGAACUCUUUCUUCUCAAGGAGACAGAAGAAGCUGGUGAAGAUGAUGAGAAGGCAAUGAUUGUGGCUGAAGUUCAACCUCAAGGCCAGCUCGGAUUCUGUUCACACGAAGUGGAACACAAUUCAUUUCGGUUACCUCCUUCAAGCCCCUACGAUAAAUUCUUGAAAGCAGCCGGAUGUUAAACCGGUACCAUCUUACAAUAUAUUGCAUAUAUAUAUAUAUAUAUAAUUUAUAGACUCACACGGCAUAAUAUAUAUGUUAUCACGUGUAAUCUGGUGCUUCAUACAUUCUUUAGUCUAUCUCUUGGCUCUUUCUGGAAGCAACUAUGAUUAAUUCAUUCCAUUUCUCCAUUGUGAAAAAAAAAAAGUUAAUAAGUAUCAUCAAGGAAGCAUUUGUUUAAUCCGACUGACCUGUCUUCGAAGAACAAAAGCAGCGAGAAAAGUCGUGCAAGAAACUCGGAUUGUCUUGUUUGUUUGUUUUUUUAUUCAUUUUAUUUGUGUGAAACAUCAACGAUUUGAAGUGUUGUUUAUUGUUUCGUUUGUCUCAUGAGCUGCGUGUGUUUUGUUCUCUGUAUGAGUCUGUGUUGAAACCAGACUCUUCUGGUGGUUUGUGGUUCAGAACUGGUACUGGCUCUGGCUGACCGGUUCAGUCAAUGUUUUUUAUCUGAUUUCCCCUGAAAAUGACAAAACAUGGAUGGAUUGUGUUUACGUAAGAACGAAAUAAAUGAGUUAUUAUUAGUUUUUGAUGGAGAUUUUGUAGAAAAUAAAAUUGGUUUUCCG